CAGUAACAGAAACCACCAAGAAUUUGGCAACAAAGUAUGUUCCCUAUGGGAAGAGAAGCAGGAACUCACCCCUAGGCCUAGGCCUUAGGGUGGAGGUGGGGGACCUGCGUCGAAUUUUGGAGGUUGUAUGUGUACACACAAAGGGGUCCCGGGGAUCGAGAGAAUGGAGGGGAAGGAUGCAAGCGUAAGGGAAAGAAAAUAAAAAAAAGAAUAGAAACUUUCUCUUCAGUCUUGUGGGAAUGGCUUUGACGGAUCCGCGCCAGACGUCUCUCGGUCUAGUUUGUGAGCAGACACGAGGCUGAAAUCGCUGUAUCUCCAACUCUGUUUGUCUGUGUGAUGUUAGCUUGGUUCGUAAGACACCUGCUGCAGGCGAUGAAGAUAACGUCCGAUAACACGGAACACAUAUGCUGACGACAGAGAAAACAAAUGCCGUCCGAAGCUCCGACGUGCGUCUCUUCGUGGCGUCCAAGAUAGAUGAUAAUCUCUUUCGGUAGCCAAGUAAAGUUCUAUUACCGUCAAAGAUAACCUCGUUCCGCUUCGCAUAUAACAUCGAAGAUAACAUAAUCUGCCUGCUGAAAUAACUACAGAAAUCGAAGGUCCCGAAUAAAUCCUCCCAAAACAAGAAGAAGAAGAAAAAGAAGAGAUUUUACAAAAAACCUCUGCAUCAUUUCGAUGUCAUGAACAUUGACAUCACAUGAUCCAGAAAGUUCUGCAAGAUAUUAUAGCAGAUGAAGCAUAGCAGACAUGGCUGUUGGUAGUCUGUUGGCUUUGCACGUCGGGGUGUCCGCCAUCUUGCUACUCCACGCUGUGAGAGGGUUGGUGAUCAAUGAUGACUCUACUGGAGAGACAGAGUACUACGUUGCCCCUGCUACUUUCAACAGGAAGGAUGGGAAGGCGCUUCCAAGCACGAUCAUAAUCUCUAGGCCUCUUGGUCUUAGAACAGAUCCUCAUAAAGGUUCUGAGAAAGAAGAAGAGAAAGAAAAAGACGACGACUUUACAGAAGGGUCGUUUUCUGUGAUCCCUCAAAGAGAGGAGACCCCCGGAAAAGGCGAAGUUAGCGUGGAGCCCAAUAUCCAGUUUUACAAGAUCGAAUGCUCCAAAGGUCGAUCUUGCACAGCUAUAAUUCCUGCGAGAACUACCACCAUAAGUCCACCUUCCAUACCUUUCACGAAACUGGAACUAAAGAAGUAUCUCUCCCAAUUUGGACUCUACAAUGGGUUUCCUUAUGAUGACGAUUUCGAAGCCACUGGCAGUCCUGAACCGAUAAAAGAAAACGAAGGUGCCAAGUAUUUCAACAAGCAUGCUGGCAUUAACCACAGUGUGGACAGAGCCUUUGGGACUAACAAUAGAAAUUACUGGCCUGGCUCUGAAUAUAGGCCAGGAAACCAGCCAUCAAGAGGCCAGGUGUUCAAGUAUCAAGGAUCUGAUUCUCACUCAGAAUUCCCAACUCAAAGUCCCUUUCCAAACUUUUCCACUAGUAGGCCAAGUCCAGAUUUCCAAAUGAGGCCUAUAGAAUUCCCCACUCAAUAUCCUUCCUUGGAUACUGCAACGAGAAGUCCUGUAAACAAAUGGGAUAAGUUUACUGCAGAUUUGCCAAUAAGGAAACCAGACAACAAAUGGGGAGAGGUAAGGCCACUGCCCAAUGAUAGAUUCCAUGGCCAACACUCCCAUGAACUGCCCUCACCAUUUGGGUACGAAGAUGACAGCAUUAGGCCACCUAAUGGUCCUCCAAGACCACCCUCACCAAUAAGGACCACAACACGUCCCACAACAUACGAUGGAGUAUGGAACCGUUAUAGCAUGUCAACUGUCUCACAGUUAGAUAAGGACACUGGUGAAUGGGUGAAAGUUUCAUCGAGUAGCACCAGAUUAGAUCAUGGUCUGUUCAAUCUCUCUGAAGAUGGCAGCCCCUCUCCACCUGGUCCUUUGCCACCAGCCACUCACCACACAAAAGCCAGUCUGACAGUCCUUGGCAUUAGUGAUAGGGAGCCCCUCUCUGCAUUUGGAGAUUCCGAUGCAAACAAGCCUCACGUGUUAUCAGUUCCAAGUGCCAACCCUGGUAGCCCUCCUGAGAUGAUUGAAACUGAUGGCGGGCUUCCUGAUGGACUGAGAAGAAAAUUAACUCUGAGCAGAGUUUAUUGAAUGCUGAGCCGCCUACCAGACGGGAGGAAUCACAGCAGCGAGAGUCUUGGAAUAAGGAGGCGUUGUAUAUAGGUAUGACGGACCUACAAAACACCAGUGGAGUUGUCGAGCAUUUGAGUGACUCGUACUGAGGAAGGAUUUGCCCGAUGCGAAAGGAACUUUUCAAAGUCUUCGUUAUUCUCAGUGCGAGAAAUGUUGGAGAGGUGUCUUAAAAACGACCUAACUUGUAUCUUUAAUGAGUUUUUUCAUAAAAAUCCUCCAAAUUGUUACCAUUCCGUCGGAUCGGCGUUUUAAACCCGGAGCAUACAUUGUAACCCAAAAUAAAUUUGGCUGAAUAUAUUUGAAGAGCUUCGUAACGGCGUAGCCUGGGACUGCCUGCCCUUAUGUAGCCCAGGCCAAGGACACUCAUACAUGAGUAUGGAGCAUGAAAAACGCUGUAUGAACCUCAUCAAAUAAUUUGAAGAGGCUACUCUCUUGAAAGAUAAAUGAUUAAAGAAAGAAAACAGAAUAACGAGAAAAUAAGUCCUGGUGGUACUUUUAACUUUAAUUUUUUUCUUAGUUUAAUAUAGUGGAGGAAAAUGCUUUCAGUUAAAGGCUUCAUUUAUGAAUUAAAUAUUACUCCUGAAUGCAAUUACUGUGAAGAUUUUGUGAUAACAAAUUCCUAUAUUUUCUUAAACUUCAGUCAAGUGAUCUAGUAGGAUUUAAUGAAAAUAUGGUGUGAGGACAAAGCCAGUGGCAUUAAUCUUAAGAUGCAAAGGUAUUGGAUAGAAACCAAGGAUUGCUGGAAGGAUUAGCAAUUUAGAUUAUAAGUGGAACUAAGUAGGGGAUUCACAGAGUUCAUUCUAAAUUAAGCAUUAAGCGUGCUGGCCAUGCUAGGGAUGAAAAUGUAUAAAAAUAGACAAAAUAAAUAAACUACAUACUCUAAAGAUGUGUACAAAGUAUUUGUUAGUUAGUUUCACAUAAAGGAUUUAACUUGAGGAAAA